GCGUGGCCUGGCCGGGGAGGUCGACACCCAGAUACUGCUCUCAGUCCUCUGGCGUCAGCUCCCCAGCGCGUCCCUACUGCCCCAGGGAUAUUUGUGUCUUUACUGCCAGCUCUUGCGCGGCAGUCACUGGGUUUGUUUCAGCGUCUGUGGUUUCUGUCGCUGCUAUCCUGUCUCCACCGCCCCAGCUCAGCUUCAGGCCUUCUUCCGAGACUCCACGGGAGAGCCCAGAGAGCCUCCGGAGCCGGUCUUUCACGCCUCUCACCACAGUCACACUAGCCGACUGAAAGCCCCCACAGCUCACUGUUGUCUGUUACCCAAACCCGCAAGCUCAGAACGCCUGGUUCUAGAAGCCAUGGAGGAAGUCCCACCCUGCUCCCUCAGCAGCACCCUGUUCCAGCAGGAAGAACAGAGCAGGGUGACCUACCGGAUCCCAGCCCUGCUGUACCUUCCUCCCACCCACACCUUCCUGGCCUUUGCAGAGAAACGUACCUCAGUCAGAGAUGAGGAUGCUGCCUACCUGGUGCUCAGACGAGGGCUGAUGAAGGGGCGCUCUGUAGAGUGGGGCCCCCAGCGGCUACUGAUGGAGGCCACAUUACCUGGGCAUCGCACCAUGAACCCCUGCCCUGUGUGGGAGAAAAAGACUGGCCGCGUGUACCUGUUUUUCAUCUGUGUGCGGGGCCAUGUUACUGAGAGGUGCCAAAUUGUGUGGGGCAAAAAUGCCGCCCGUCUCUGCUUCCUUUGCAGUGAGGAUGCCGGGUGCUCCUGGGGUGAAGUGAAAGACUUGACUGAGGAGGUCAUUGGCUCAGAGGUGAAGCACUGGGCCACGUUUGCUGUGGGCCCAGGUCAUGGCAUCCAGCUGCACUCGGGAAGGCUGAUCAUCCCCGCCUAUGCCUACUAUGUCUCACAUUGGUUUCUCUGCUUUGCGUGUUCAGUCAAGUCCCAUUCCCUGAUGAUCUACAGUGAUGACUUUGGAGUCACAUGGCACCAUGGCAAGUUCAUUGGGCCCCAGGUGACAGGGGAGUGCCAAGUGGCAGAAGUGGCUGAGACCACUGGUAACCCUGUGCUCUACUGCAGUGCCCGAACACCAAGCCGAUUUCGAGCAGAGGCUUUUAGUACUGAUAGUGGUGGCUGCUUUCAGAAGCCAACCCUGAGCUCACAACUCCAUGAGCCUCGAACCGGCUGCCAAGGUAGUGUAGUGAGCUUCCGGCCUUUGAAGAUGCCAAACAUCUAUCAAGACUCAAUUGGCAAAGGUGCUCCCGCUUCUCAGAAGUACCCUCUGCUGGACAGUUCUCGGGAGGUGGAGAAAGGAGCUGAAACACCAUCAGGAACAUGGCUCUUGUACUCACAUCCAACUAGCAAGAGGAAGAGGAUUAACCUAGGCAUCUACCACAACCAGAACCCGUUGGAGGUGAACUGCUGGUCCCGCCCGUGGAUCUUGAACUCUGGGCCCAGUGGCUACUCUGAUUUGGCUGUUGUGGAAGGACAGGACUUGGUGGCGUGUUUGUUUGAGUGUGGGGAGAAGAAGGAGUAUGAACGGAUUGACUUCUGUCUGUUUUCAGACCACGAGGUCCUGAGCUGUGAAGACUGUACCAGCCCUAGUCGCGACUAAAGCCAAAUCAAGACGGAUGAGUGAGGCCCAGCUUCCCACAGAAAGGAAUGGCAGCUACAGCCAGGAUAGCAGAGGUCUCUGAUGUCUAGAGAAAAAUCUAAAAACUAAUAAUCUGCUCCUUGAAUUUUUUCACUUUUCCCUUCAAUGAGCAUAGUGAAAAUUGUGCCAUAUUUUACAUAACGAGGCUCUUGAACUGGGAGUUUGAAUCUCUUCUCUUCCCAUUAAGAGGAGAGGCCAUGUGCUCACUUCCUUCCUGGAUUCUGAUCUUGAGGAGAAGCCACAGACUUGCCUUCCCCAGUGAUUCACUGCUCACCUGAGUGUUAGGUGAUGUGCAGCUGCCGUGGCCAGAAGAAAGAUCUGUGUUGUUGUACUUUUUUUAAAAAAAAUUUAUUUACUAUAUGUAAGUACACUGCAGCUGACUUCAGACACAC